AUGGAACAUAUUCAUGUUUUGUUAGAUAUUGCUCAAAGUGUUGGAUACAAAAUUAAAACAAAUUAUGGUAAAAGAACGACACUAAGAGACAACCGUCUGCUUGAAUCUUUUGAAAUUGAUGGAUUAGAAGUUGGUAAUAUUGAUCUUGAUUCUAGAGGAAAAAUAAUUCAUGAGGUCCUUGUAAAUUAUUCAUCACAAACAGGCUCUGGACAUUCUUUUAUUAUUAAAAAAGAAAACCCAAAGCUACAGUCUAUUCUUUUCAAGGAGUUUUUGUAA